GCCAUGUUCCGCAGGCUGGGCUGGCUGGUCCUGUACAGCCUCGCUGUGCUGCUGCUCAGCUGCCUGCUCUUCCUGAAGAAGGAGGCCAAGCCAGCCCUUCUGGGCUCCCCCACCGCCCGCCAGCCCUUCUGGGCUCCCCCGGGGCCCCGCCGCAGCCACUGUCCACCCAACCACACUGUGGCGAACGCCUCCCUGUCCCUGCCUAGCCGGCACCGUCUCUUCUUGACCUAUCGCCACUGCCGCAAUUUCUCCAUUUUGCUGGAACCUUCAGGCUGUGCCGACGACGUCUUUCUGCUCCUGGCCAUCAAGUCGCAGCCUGGCCAUGUGGAGCGGCGUGCGGCCAUCCGCAGCACGUGGGGCCGGGUGGGAGACUGGGCUGGGGGCCGGCAGCUGAAGCUGGUGUUCCUCCUAGGGGUGGCAGGACCCGCACCCCCUGCCCAGCUGCUGGCCUAUGAGAGUCGGGAGUUUGACGAUAUCCUCCAGUGGGACUUCACUGAGGACUUCUUCAACCUGACGCUCAAGGAGCUGCACCUGCAGCGCUGGGUGGCGGCUGCCUGUCCCCAGGCCCACUUCAUGCUAAAGGGAGAUGACGAUGUCUUUGUCCAUGUGCCCAAUGUCCUGGAGUUCCUGGACGGCUGGGACCCAGCCCAGGACCUCUUGGUGGGAGACGUCAUCCGCCAGGCUCUGCCCAACAGGAACACCAAGGUCAAGUACUUCAUCCCACCCUCCAUGUACAGGGCCCGCCAUUACCCGCCCUAUGCUGGGGGUGGAGGGUAUGUCAUGUCCAGAGCCACCGUGCAGCACCUCCGAGCAGCCGUGGAAGAGGCCGAACUCUUCCCCAUCGAUGACGUCUUUGUGGGUAUGUGCCUGAGGAAGCUGGGGGUGAGCCCCAUGCACCAUGCUGGCUUCAAGACAUUUGGAAUACGGCAGCCCCUGGACCCCCUGGACCCCUGCCUGUUCAGAGGGCUCCUCCUGGUGCACCGGCUCAGCCCCCUGGAGAUGUGGACCAUGUGGGCACUGGUGACAGAUGAGGGGCUUAAGUGCGCUGCUGGCCCCUUGUCCCAGCUCUGAGGGGUGGGCUGAGUGGAUUGAGUGUAGAUUUUCCUGUCAUAGAAAUUGAGAAACUUGAAACUUGACCCAUGAUGGUCUACAGGAAAUGCUUAGUUUUUGUAACCCCCUCCCAAACUUUUCUAACUUUGAUUAAAAACACUGAAACCUGGCUAACCUGGACCAACACGUGUUGAAUGGUUCCCCAAGCACAGCAAAUGGGGGAGGGGGGUGAAGGGUCGGGGGGCUCCUGGAGCCCUUUGGCAUUCUGCCAGUCAGAGGAGGAGGGUGAAAGUGAGAGGCUGCAGAGGACCCCAGAAA